UCUCCCUUCCCCACUGAGCAAUCCACAUUGGGGGGCCACGCAGCUCACAGUGAGGGCUCUGGAGAUGGUCGCCAGGGGUUACGGGACUGGGAACACAGCGCUGCUCACCCUGUUGGGCUGGCUUGGGGGUUUGACCAUUUCAGAGCAAGCUCAGCUCCGAUUGGUGAAUGGCUCGAGUCACUGUGCUGGGAGAGUCGAGGUGCUUCACAACCACCAGUGGGGAAGCGUGUGUGAUGUUGACUGGGACCUAAACGAUGCUGGAGUUGUGUGCAGGCAGCUGGGUUGUGGGACGGCAUUGUUAGCCCCAGGGGGGGCUGAGUUUGGAGAAGGGUCUGACCCUAUCUGGCUGGCUGAGGUUAACUGCACAGGGAGAGAAGCUGCCCUCACGGAAUGCUGGAGUGGGCCUUGGGGAGACCAUAACUGUAACCACAGAGAAGAUGCCAGUGUUGUGUGCUCAGGGCCUACUAUGUCCCUUGGAGUCUGGUUUCUCCGCUCUGGCCUGGUUCUGCUCCUGCUGGUGUCUGCCCCAAUCAUCACCUGCAUCCUGAAGAAAGGAUCCCCCACCCUCCCUGAGCUCCUGAGAACUGGCAAUGGCAGUAAGGGGCAGCCUGGAGAGGACCCAGCGAUGGGACAGGAGUCGGUUAUAUACGCCAGUGAGUAA